GUUCCCCUGACGGAGGUGGUGGAGCCUCUGGACCUGGAGGAUUUCCUGCUGAACCACCCUAUGGAUGCAGAACCGGGACCACUCCGGGACCUCAUGGAAUUCCCAGCGGAUGACCUCGAGCUGGUGCUGGAGGCUCGAGAAUGCCGGACCACAGAGCCAGGGAUCCCUGAAGAAGGGAAGCUGGACGCCCGGGUGAGGGAUGCAAUUGAAAUCUAUACUGAGGAUUGGGUCAUUGUCCGGAGAAAGUACCAGUCCCUGAGCUCGUCCUACAGUCCCAAUACCUCAGAGAGGCAGCGAGAGCGCCAGAAGGGCCUGGUCCGACAGGUCUUUGAGUUGGACUCGGCCGGGGAGGAAAGGAUGGGCUCUGAAGACUUGGAUGACCUGAAGCAUUGCUCAGCCUCCCUUGAUGACACUCCCCGGGGGAGCUGGGCCUCCAACAUCUUCGACCUGAAAAACUCUGCUGCAGACUCACUGUUGCCAGCCCUGCUGGAGCACACGGCUCCCGACGAGAUUGACCGGAGGAACGAGGAGCUUAGGAGGCAGAACCGCCCUCGGGACCUCCUGGCCCUCUACCCUGCCCCAGAUGAG